AGACACACAUCUAAAACCUGCAGGGAAGGAGUCCCUGAGGACCAGGGUGGUGAACCAUUGAGAGUCCAUUUCAUCCUCCACAGCAGCAGGGGGCAGCACCACAUAGCUACAUGAACCAGGCUCCCGGCUCCCAGCAGUCCGUUCGGCCAUCUCAAUAAAGUGUAGCAGCAAAAUCAGCAGCAUGGCUGUGUUCAUGGACCUGAAUGUGUUGUUUUCUGCUGACAGAAAGCGCAUGCAGAGUCUCGUAGAGACAGCCGCUCACCUGGGAUUCUCCACUGUCGCCAUCAACUAUGUAUUUGAACCCACAGCCAAGAAAAAACAGGAAGUUCCCUCCCCAAUGCCGAUCAAUGAGCUGAUUGGUCAGCUGCCUGUGGUGCAGGGUCGCUCUCGUCCAAUUAGAGUGCUGAACAGACUAACAGUGGUGAUGUCGGAGGCCAGUCACUUUAGGCCAAGUGCUACUGAGUAUCGCGCCUUCGACCUACUGGCCGUCCACCCGACCACAGAGAAACUCUUCCAUACCACCUGUAUGCUAUGUGACGUUGACAUCAUCUGCAUCUCAGUGACGGAGAAACUUCCCUUCUUCUUCAAGAGAGCGCCCAUCAACGGGGCGAUUGACAGAGGUGUGGUGUUUGAGCUGUCAUAUGCCUCAGCACUUAGAGACACCACAAUGAGGUGCUACACCAUUGCCAACUCUGUUUGUCUGAUGGAAAGCUGCAAAGGAAAGAACAUCAUCCUUUCAAGCGCUGCUGAGAAGGCUUUGGAGCUUAGAGGACCAUAUGACAUCACCAACCUAGGCAUGCUGUUUGGUCUGUCAGAAGCUGACUCUAAAGAGGCCGUCUCUUCCACCUGCAGAGCCGUUUUACUGCAUGCAGGUAAAUUACGACAAGGUCCUGCAGCUGCAUGAGCAUCCUGUUGGUUUACAUGGUUUCCCUAAGUAUUUGUGUAAUUAUGGCCUAUCUCCCCAUGGAGGUAGUGGAAAAGAGAGCCCUGAACUCCUUCGAGGGAACACCACCGAGCCACUGGUUCAGAUAUGUGGAUGAAUUCAGGUGUCAUCCACAUACCUGGCUUUUUUGGACUGUUUGGUGCACAUGGAAAGAGAUGGGACGCCUAAUCUUUGAGGUUUACAGGAAACCAACCCACACAGAUUAGUACCUUCUGUAUGACUUUUACCACCCAGUGGAACAUAAACUUUCUGUCAUCAGAACUCCACAAUCAGGCUGAACAUGUCCCCACUUAGACAGAAAGGAAGGAGAAAGAACAGUAUCAACAUCAACAAUUCUCAUCAAACUUGUGGAUGUCCUACCUGGGCUUUUGUCAAGGCAGUGAAGAAAUCUACAAAACACACCACUGAACAGAACAAGGAAAAGAACAAAUAAAAAAAAAAAGACAUUGUCAUCCCUACAUCGCUGGAACAUCGGAGGAAAUCAGAAGGAUUUUUUUUCCAACACAGGAUUGCAUUUGGACCUAACCAAACUCCCAGACAAAGGUUGUUUUAUCCUUAGGACAAAAUACCCAAACACGAAAUAAGUGGCAUGAUGCAUGCAGUUCAGUGUAGAGAGGAAUGCCCAGACAUCUAUAUUGGAGAAACUAAACAGUCUCUCCACAGAUGCAUGGCUCAGGAGAGUCAUGCUAUCAAUUGAAAGCAUGGCGAUCUUUAAGCAAAGUAGGUAUACCUGUCAACACUUUACUAUUUAAAUUGACCUGCAAUUUAAUGCAUAGUCUUGAUUUUGUGCCUUCUGUUUGUUUACACUAAACAAACCCAGAUAUCUGAGGCAAAAAAGGAAAGGUAUGGAUAAUUAGCCUUGGCUUCGCUUUACUGUUUUUACAGUUUGUUAUCCUGUCUUCCACAUACAUGAUAUUUAAUAUCAUGUAUGUGGCUCUACAGAGCUGCAUUGGUGCUGCUCUGUAGAAAAGGUAGAUACAGUGCAAAUAUUUACCCACCCCUGGGCUGCUCUAAAGAAAGACUCAUGUACUUUCUCCAGUGAUUAGUUCUGUUCCUGUUGUUCCCUUCAUCCAUCUGCCUGGCAAGUUACGGCAUUAAAGGGAGGCAGGUUUCUUAAAUGAUACAGCCUUGUCAGCAUUUGUUCAUUGUAUACAAAAAAGGCAACCUCAAAGUGUUGUUACUGCAUUAAAAAACAAGAGUGUUGAGUUAAUUGAGCUCAUUUUCACAGCUGACCACAAUACAAUAGAUUCCCUCCCGUUUCUUCAGACCUCUGACCCAUCCUAAAACCGGUGAAGAGAAGAAAUCAACGUCAAAGUUUUUUAUUAUAUUAAAUUGGAUAGGUGCAUUUAGAGGUCCGGGCAGGGUGAGACAUAGUUAAAGUGAUUUAGAAUCACCAGUAGUUAAUUCAAGGUAUUAACCUGUUGCAUGCAAUACAGAUUGAAGGGUUUAAUGCUGAGCUGUUUUGAUUUGUAGUGCGGCUGAAUCUCGCAGCGCGGAUGCGAUCAGCAAGGUGCAUGUUCAUGUUUUUGUCCAGCUGAUCCCAAAUCAGCUGGGAGUUAGAAGUUGGACUUUUAGAGUUUUUCAUUCAAAUCAGCUGCGGUCUGGGCCUCGUGGCCUGACCACUCCUUUGUCCCAGUUUUAUUACUGGAGUUUUUCCAUUGAGUUCCCGCAGCCCACCGUCUACCAGCUGAUUGGCGAAAAUCGAGACAUCAGGACACUAGGAUUCACUUUCCCAAGUUAACGCAAAUUGCACAUUUUGUCCAUAAAACUGCUGGUUUGAUCGUCAUAGACACUCAUGUAUAAGAGAAGCAUUUGUGUUUAUUUCGUGCAAGAGUGAGUUAUCUGUCAAAAUAAGGUUGAAGUUCCCCCACCUUCAGUGAAGCGGUUGAAUAAACAGUGACAUUUAGUGGUUUUGGUU